CCCACAGUCAUUGCCGCUCAUCGCACACACGCCCGCCCACCCGCACGCAGCAUCCCACCGCGCUGACGAACAAGUGAUGCGUCCCCGCGCCUUAUAACGCGCCUCGACACCACCGACACACAAUUCCCAACGCUACGACAGCAAUUGGCACCGCAAUUGACCCAGCACCGCAAACCCCCGUCCAUCAGUGCCGUCAGCAUCGCACUCGCAACCGCAAACACCCCAAUUAGCGCCGCAUUCGCACGCGCAUCCAACCACCCAACAUGCCGCCGCACAUGCACCCCCGCUCCCUCACCACCGCCUCGCUCUUCACCUCCACACUCAUGCUGUCCUUCCUCGUCGUCGCCGCCCCGCAUCUCAUCCCGUGCCCCGUGGAUCCGCGGACGCUGGCGGAUGGCGCCGAUCCCGCGCGCCGCCGGAGACGGAGGGCGUGUGGUGAGGAGGGGAGUGGGAGCGAGAGCGAGAAUGGGAGGGGGACAGGGAGUGAGACCGGGCGGGGGCGAGAAACAGCAGAGGAACAGCGCCGGCUCGAAGAGCGCAUGAAUCCGCGUCGCGAGUGUCCGAUCCCGAAACCAGGGGGACUGGUGGGCCAGGUCCUGGGGUUGAUGGGGCGGGGCGAGAGCAGUGACGGUGGGGACGAUAAGAGCGGGCAGAUCUCGAGGCAGGUCGGGAGGAUACGCGGCUCGCGGCCGGGGGAUGAUGGAUAGUCGAUGCGGAUGAUUUUAGCCUGGGGCGAAUGAUUGGGUAUACACUGUACUGUACAUUGCAUUGCACGCAGGAGCAAAGAGACGAAGAGCGACGAACGGAAGGAAGAGAAAGGUGUAUCAUAAGAUGUCUGCAUGUACUUCACGCCCGUACCAUACCACUUUAGAACGAAAGACCGCAAGCAUCGAAACUGGAGAAACACGAUUUACAAUCUACGCUGAACGCUGUCGGGAGAGUGAUGCGUGUGAAUUGCGUAUGUCGGCGCGAGGCACUGUCGACGAUCUGGGAAAGAGCUUGCCGGCUCGUCAAUGGGGAAUCUGGUUUCUUUGCCGCACGUCCAGUGGCCCUACGAUCGGUUCACA